CGCGCGGGCUGUCUUCUCGUCUCUUGUGAGGAUUUUCUCAAGACCAAAAGACGUAUCACCGCUAGCUCGCUCGCUUUCUCGCGAAUGUAACAAUCAGUCCCUGCUCCGAGAGCGGAAAGUGGGAGGAUGCCACGGGAAUCUCACCUGACGUCGAUUCUCUGCAACAUUUUUUCUCUGACCGAUACACGCGACGCGGCAUCCUGAACGAAAACUUUUUUUUUUUUUUUUGCCGCCUUUAUUUAUUUAAAUUAUUUAUUUAUUUAUUUAAAUAAAUAAGAUCCUUUAAAAGCCAGUCGCUAUGGUUUUACAGUGGAGUUAUGUCAUUGGCGAGGAUCGGACGCGUUUUAGUCGAAUAUCUCUGCACUUUAAUGCGUUUUGCGUGUUUGGUGCUUUGAUUUAAGGACAAAUAAUAGAAAGGUACUGUAUGUUUUUUUUUUUUUUUUUUUUUUUUAAUGUUCUUUUUAUGUCGAAGCAACAAGCGUCGCCAAACCAUGCGCACUUUCCCAAGGAAUAACGCAUCACUGUCGCGCGGUGUUCUUGGAAUAAAAACAUCAACCUUACUUUAAAAAGCUCUAUGGCCGUUAUUGAGAUCGAUUCUGUUCUUGUUAUCCUAUAAAUACAGUGAAAAGUGCCUUUUUUCCAUGUUUCCCAACGACAAGGGAGACAUGGCUUGCUUUCCAUGGCGGGUAUUUUGGAUAAUUCAAGCGCUUGUGGAUGUGACACUCUCGCAGGAAAUCUACGCUCCUCAUUCCAUCAGAAUUGAGGGGGAUUUGACCCUCGGUGGCCUCUUCCCGGUCCAUGCCCGCGGGGUCUCCGGGGAACCGUGUGGAGAUAUCAAAAAGGAGAACGGGAUUCACAGGUUGGAGGCGAUGCUUUAUGCACUGGACCAAAUCAACAGCGACGACGAGCUUUUGCCCAACAUCACUUUAGGCGCUCGGGUUUUGGACACAUGCUCGCGAGACACGUACGCGCUGGAGCAGUCGCUUACUUUUGUGCAGGCUCUCAUACAGAAAGACACGUCGGAUGUGAAGUGCACGAACGGAGAGCCCCCGGUGUUCGUCAAACCCGAAAAGGUGGUCGGAGUCAUAGGGGCUUCGGCGAGCUCAGUGUCCAUCAUGGUCGCGAAUAUACUGCGACUGUUCCAGAUUCCGCAGAUCAGCUACGCCUCUACCGCUCCAGAGUUGAGCGAUGACCGCCGGUACGAUUUCUUCUCUCGCGUCGUACCUCCCGAUUCCUUCCAGGCGCAGGCCAUGGUGGACAUAGUGAAACUGAUGGGUUGGAAUUACGUGUCUACAGUGGCCUCGGAGGGAAGCUAUGGCGAGAAAGGAGUCGAGGCCUUCAUGCAGAUUUCCAGAGAAGCAGGUGGAAUCUGCAUCGCUCAGUCCCUGAAGAUCCCUCACGACCACAAGCAGGCUGAUUUUGACAAGAUCAUCCGACAGCUGCUGGACACCCCUCGGGCCCGGGCCGUCAUUAUUUUCGCUUACGACGAGGACAUUCGGGGGAUCCUUAACGCCACCAAAAGAGCCGAUCAAGUGGGCCAUUUCCUAUGGAUCGGUUCAGACAGCUGGGGAACCAAGAACAGCACUAUUCAAGGCCUCGAGGACGCCGCCAUGGGUGCUAUCACCAUCCUGCCAAAAAGAGCCAUUGUUCAGGGUUUUGAUACCUACUUUAUGUCACGCACACUGGAGAACAACAGGAGGAACGUCUGGUUUGCUGAGUUCUGGGAGGAGAACUUCAACUGCAAGCUCAUGAGUUCCUCCAAGAAAGAAGACACUAGCAGGAAAUGCACAGUGUUUGGGCUGUUUAACCGCGGCCCCGACCAGCAACAUCAAGCCACAACCCCCAGCACCCUCCAGCACUCCCAAGAUAUAAUAUGUUCCCGCGGCUAUGAUCUUGGAUGGGCUGAGGGACAAGAACGGAUAGGAACAGACUCACAUUACGAGCAGGAAGGGAAGGUGCAGUUUGUGAUAGACGCGGUGUAUGCCAUGGCUCAUGCCCUGCACAACAUGCAGAAGGAUCUUUGUCCCGACCAGUCAGGCGUUUGUGGAGAGAUGGAGCACGCUGGUGGCAAGAAACUCCUCAAGUACAUCCGAUCGGUCAGCUUCAACGGGAGCGCGGGGACGUCCGUCACGUUCAAUCGGAAUGGCGAUGCACCUGGACGAUACGAUCUUUUCCAGUACCAGAUGAAUAUCAACAGCACUCCCAUAUAUAAAGUUAUUGGACAGUGGACAGAAACUCUCAAACUUCGCCUCAAUGAGAUGCAGUGGCCCAACGGUGAAAUGGAAAUCCCCAUCUCGGUCUGCAGUCUGCCCUGUAAGACGGGUCAACGCAAGAAGAUAGUGAAAGGGAUGCCAUGCUGCUGGCACUGCGAGCCCUGCGACGGCUACCAGUACCAGUUCGAUGAGACAUCCUGCAAGCUCUGCGCUUACAACAUGCAUCCAAAUGCCAAUCGCACGGGCUGCCAGCCCAUCCCAAUUGUCAAGCUGGAGUGGCAUUCGCCCUGGGCCAUCAUUCCCGUCUUCCUGGCUAUGCUUGGCAUCAUCGCCACCAUCUUUGUUAUGGCCACGUUCAUCCGCUACAACGACACCCCGAUCGUACGAGCGUCUGGGAGGGAGCUCAGCUACGUUCUGCUGACGGGGAUAUUCCUGUGUUACAUCAUCACGUUUGUAAUGAUCGCAAUGCCGGACAUUGCCGUUUGCUCCUUCAGACGAAUCUUCCUCGGGCUGGGAAUGUGUAUUAGCUAUGCGGCGCUCCUCACUAAGACAAAUCGAAUUUACCGCAUCUUCGAGGAAGGGAAGAAGUCGGUUAGUCCACCUAAACUGAUCAGCCCGACGUCUCAGUUAGCCAUCACGUCCAGCCUCAUCUCCGUCCAGCUCUUAGGGGUCCUCAUAUGGUUCGGAGUGGAUCCUCCGAACACCAUAAUCGAUUACGACGAACAGAAGACCAUAAACCCUGAUAAGGCCCAAGGGGUUCUCAAGUGUGACAUUACGGAUCUACAAAUCAUUUGCUCUCUAGGUUACAGCAUCUUGCUGAUGGUAACAUGUACGAUUUACGCCAUCAAAACGCGAGGCGUCCCGGAGAACUUCAAUGAAGCCAAACCCAUCGGCUUCACUAUGUACACCACCUGCAUUGUGUGGCUCGCCUUCAUUCCCAUUUUCUUUGGGACGGCACAAUCUGCAGAAAAGCUCUACAUCCAGACCACCACGCUGACCAUCUCCAUGAAUCUGAGCGCAUCCGUGGCUCUGGGAAUGCUCUACAUGCCCAAGGUCUACGUCAUCAUCUUCCACCCAGAGCUCAACGUGCAGAAACGCAAGCGCAGCUUCAAGGCCGUGGUGACGGCGGCCACCAUGACCUCGCGUCUGUCGCACAAACCCAGCGACCGGCCGAACGGCGAGGCCAAAACCGAACUGUGUGAAAAUGUGGAUCCCAACAGCUAAUUCUCAUAAUUUAUCAGGUCUGGCUGCUAAGAAGAAAUACGUGAGCUACAAUGACCUUGUGAUCUGAAGGCCAUCGACAGGAGGAAGGUGAUCGAUGGUACUUCCUGGUUACUCUUGGCUCUUUGGAACAAAAGUAAAGCGGGAAAAAGCUUUCAGUGUCCCUCUGUUUCCAUCCUUAUUUCGUCUGAGGUCCAGGACAGUGAUUGGGCCCUCAGCUAAACCAUCAACAGAGGAUAUCAGUUGAUUUUCAACACCUUUAAGAAACAUAACACAGCGAAACCACCCAAAAAAGUAAAAAAAAAUGAAACUGAAAUAACCAGACAUCUACAAAACAAGUAACAGGAAUUACAAAUGGAGGAAUUACAUUUUUUAUUUUUUUAUUUUUUUCCGACGGAGGAAACUGAUGGGGUGUAACAUUGGGACAACACGACUGACCAUCAGUCAGACGAGGGUACACUUGGCAUGAUGGACCUUCGACAAGGCAUUUCUUCUGACUUUCCAUCACAGACUUUCUUCAAGACGCUGAUGAUCAACAUGGCUUUGGAAUGCUGGGCCGUGAGGUCCUCCUCAUCUUUACAUGCACUUCCAAACUGCAAGUUUUGGGGGUUUUCUGAGUGACUUUGUGUGGUUCUCUCAGCAUUUUCAGUUUGCUUUUGCUGUUUUUGUGUUUCAGCUGAGCCUUUCUUCCUUGGUUUUCCUUGCCUUUUCUGGAUGCACAUUGUAUUAAAGCCAUAUUCUUCUCUUUGAGAUCUCAUUCCUGGAAUAUUGUUUCUUUAUUUUGAGGAUUUCCAUUGGUUUUCGCCCUUUAACAUGAUAAACGUGUCACAUUUUUCGACAUUCCCACCAUGUUUGUAAGGUUUGUAGACCAUCGACUGUGUUUUUAGUGACUUUGAGAGAUGUUGCAUUGGUUUAACAGUGUCUAAACCCCAGUGACGGUUGUGUUUCAGAGUUCUUUUUUAAAGAAAGUGUUCACGUAGCAGUUGUCAAUGCAUGCUUGAUAUGUUCGAUGUUGAAGUAAAUGAAACUUACACCACAGUUAUCUCACAAUGGCCUGUUUACAGAUAAUUUUGCAAGCAUUAAUUGAUUUAUCUAGUUUUUCCUUCAUGAAUUUCUUAGACAUUCACUCACUCAAGGCAGAAUAUGGCUUUAAUUUGUCUUGGAAUUUUUAACUGCCCUGGAAUUUAUGGAGAAAUGUGCAAAGGAUAUGAGUAUAUAUUUCAAAGUAAAAAAAAAAAAAAAGAAAUCUAUGAAAAAGCAUGUAUGUUUUAUACUGUUUGUACUAAGUAUAUUCAUGUUGCCCUUGCUGCUUUUGUGCUGAUGUUGUGGAAGACUUUUAUGUUUGGCCACUCAUGCAACUAUAAUGUGGUGUUGUCCAAGAAUGUACCAACAUGAAAUAAAACCAUUUGGUUAUUUUUUA